AUGAAUAAGAAAAUAUUUGCCUUUAGAGAUGAUACAAAAUCAAAAGAAGCGGAUGAAUUUAUACGAAAAAAUGGGUUUACAUUACCCUUUCAAAUAUUUCAAAUUUUGUCUUUUCUGAUAUUUAUAGUUAUAAUUGCAUUUAUUAUUUGUAUUUCUGCAUUGAAUACUAAUCCUAUAUUUAUAACAUUUUAUAUAUUCUUUGGAAUUUUAAUUAUUGCUAUUCUUAUAUUAUCUUAUAUUGUGACAUCAAUCAAUCCUAUAGAUCCUCUGUCUUUUAAGUACAUUAAUAGAGUAGCAAAUGACGAAGAUAUUAAAGGAUUAUAUGAAUGCGAUAUUUGUGGAUUUGUAGAGCCUCAAAGUAAACAUUGUAAAGUUUGCAAUAAAUGUGUUUCCGUUUUUGAUCACCAUUGUAUGUGGGUUAAUAAUUGCAUAGGGAAAAAAAAUUACAAGUAUUUUGUAUCCCUACUACUAGCCUUAACGAUUUUUCAUUGUUUCGUAUUUCUCUUCUGUGCGAUUACUUUUUUCAUGUCUUUGAAGCAUGAUAUUAUAAAGGAUAAAUGGAAUAAGCUUUACGGAUAUUACAACGACGCAUUAUUCUACACACUGAUAUGCGCACUUUUUGUGUUAAAUGGAAUAUUUUUUGUUCUAGUCAUACAGCUUUUUGGAUUGCACAUUUAUUUGAUUUCAAAAAAAAUGACAACAUAUGAAUAUAUAGUUAACCGAUCUAACUCAGAAGACAAGGAAAAGAUGGGAAUUAAAACGUUUUUCGAAUGGAUUAUUAUAGAUAAAAAGAGAUUGAAAAAGACAGAUAGCCAAAGCGAAGAUAUAGAAAACCCCAAAGUUGAAGCUUAA